CGGAAAAUCUUUUGGCCUUUUGGGGGAAAUGAAGGAGAAAGAGCUCUAUAUAUCCACAGACCUGAACGAGUAUAUAGCUGGGCUUUUGCUGCAGCCUGCAAGCACAAAAACCGAGACUGCGGCCCAUCUCCAGCCCCAGAUGGACUCCCGCCGCUGCGCGCCCGUUACCGGCCCGUUCGGCGCUCCAUCUCCUGCCCCGGUGAGUUCCCGGUCCAUCUUCUCUGUCCUCUGUUCUCAAAAAAAAAAAAAAUCUUCUGUCUUCUCUUCCAGCAUCUUCUUCCUCAUGAGGCGCACAGUGGCCCGCUGGCCUGCGGUGGCAAGGUCCACGGGGCGCGUGGGGGGCGCGGAGCGCAGCGUCGAGGGCGUGCCGGCCGCGCAAGUGGUCCACAGGGCGCAGCCGCGUUUUGCACGCGUGGGGGCAGCGGAGCGGAGGCGGAGCCGUUGUUCGACCACUGUGCGAGCCUGGCAGCCACAACCACACUCCACACUUCGACCACUUCCAACCCCAGUGCCAGUGGUUGAUUGAUUGCUGGAUGAUGUGAAGAAUGGUGGGGGGGUCUAUAUAUAGUUAGCAGAUCGUGCGUCAAGAAAGUGUUACUAGGAAGGUACGCGCCUCAUUCAGUCAGCCUCUACAAGUCAUUUCCUGUGUUCUCUCGAACAUAUCCAUGAGCAGGUCUGCUGAAUUCUGCCUGCAGUAUACUACUAGGCAGGUCAAAUCAGAUGGACGAAGACAACUAGCCGUUGGCAGAUUACAUACCCGUCGGCCAUGCUUUUCUCUCUUUGGGAAAGCGUUAUUCGCUCUGAAAGAAGGGAACAUGUUGUCCUAUCCAAAAAAGGUAACUUUUCUUAUGCACCGGUGAAAACUAUGGGUCAAACUGGAA